CGGUAUCAAAUAUAUGACAGGGUUACCUGAUAUUGUAAUAAUCGUUGAUCAGCAAAAAGAAUAUACGGCUCUUCAAGAAUGUAUCACUUUAGGAAUUCCAACGAUUUGUUUAAUCGAUACAAAUUGUGACCCAGAUCUUGCAGAUAUGUCGAUUCCGGCUAAUGAUGAUGCUAUAGCUUCCAUCCGAUUAAUUCUUAACAAAUUAGUUUUUGCAAUUUGUGAGGGUCGUUCUAGCUCUAUACGAAAUUAUUGAUUAAUAAUAAGAUAAAUCCAUUUUUAGAUUUGGUUGGGCGGUCAUAGAUUUUUGGAAUUGGGUAUUAUAGCAUUACAAAAUUGUGUAAAAAGAAAUAUUUUGUGAUUAGUAGGUAUUCAAAAUAGAAAAUCAAAGUAAAAUAAGGAAAUGGUUGAAUCAAAAUAAUUCCCUUUCAAGUUAUAUUUUUUUAUUUUAGAGGACAGGGCAAUAUGAAUGUUCUAUUAUGUUACAUCAACACAUUAAACAGAUUCUAUGAUAUAUCGGCUGUGGAAGUAGGUCAACAUUUCUAUUGGCAAAUAGGGGAUUUUCAAGUGCAUGCUCAAGUACUUAUUACCUCUUGGGUUGUAAUUGCUAUCUUAUUAAUUUCAACCAUUCUAGUUGUUAGAAAUCCGCAAACUAUUCCCACGUCUGGUCAGAAUUUCUUUGAAUAUGUCCUUGAAUUCAUUCGAGACGUGAGCAAAACUCAGAUUGGAGAAGAAUAUGGUCCAUGGGUUCCGUUUAUUGGAACUCUGUUUCUAUUUAUUUUUGUUUCGAAUUGGUCAGGGGCCCUUUUGCCUUGGAAAAUUAUAAAGUUACCUCAUGGAGAGUUAGCUGCACCCACAAAUGAUAUAAAUACUACUGUUGCAUUAGCUUUACUUACGUCAGUAGCCUAUUUCUAUGCGGGUAUUUCAAAAAAAGGAUAG